UCAUCAGUCACCGGGCUGACGCCAGGCAUCUCACGGGUCCCUGAAGAAAACAUGGACAAACAUCCACAGAUGGCGAUAGUAAUUACUUCCUGCGGUCAGAGGACACAAAAUGGCCGCCGCCUUAUGUUGGUUAUCAGCGGGAGAAGCGUCCAGGUGGCCCGGCUCCUUAAACCCAGGAGCGCGGUGUUGGUGGAGGCUGUCCGGGGCAGAAAGUCCCGCACUGACCCUGUAGCCAAGUCCAAACAGGGGCGAAUCAAAGUGCCUCCUCCAGUCGAUCCGGUGGAGAUGGUGGUCCUCAAGGAAAGAUACACCGAGUACCAGUUGAUCAUGAGGGCGCUCCGUCUGGAGUUUAAGGAGGAGAUGCUCAGGAAGAGGUAUGAUGAGGAGAUUGGCUCCAUGGCUAAGCAGAGGGCGAAGCAGGAGGCGGAGGAGCAUCACGCCCUCAUGACCUGGAACAAGCAGGAGAACCUCCGCAUGCUCAAAGUCAGAAUGAUAAGGAUCCAGAAGGAAAACGAAGAAGCUGAGCACAAGAAGUUAGAAGCUGCUAUUGAGCGUGAAAGAGAGCAGCAAGAAUUCAUCAGAGAAAAAGAGAGAGAAAUUAUGCAGUUGCAGGAGGAUGCAAAGAACUUUAUCACUUUGGAGAAUUUGGAUCAACGAAUUGAAGAAGCUCUGGACAAUCCAAAGAACUACAACUUUGCCAUCGACAAAGAAGGGAGAGUUGUUAAGCAAACAGUGCUGCAGUGAAAUAACAGACCGGCCUGUGUGCAUCUGUCUCCGAAGAAAAACAAAGACUGACGGCCAUGUUGUCCAGAUGGGAAUUGGAGAGUAACCCACCCUCAAAGGGGAUGUUCUUCACUGAGAAAGUUGUUGCACCUGUAUUUGAAAAUCUUUGAUCAACAGAUACCUUAGACAUUCUGCAUAAUGUGACUUAUUGUUGAUGCACAGGCAUCGUGUCAUCUGAAAAGCUUAGUUAGUGAGACCACAUUUCCAGAUUAACCUGGACACUUGUGUCCUCUCAUGGCAACUUAACCACAAAGUCAUGCUGCUUGAAAAUUUUCUUGUUCCUUUGAAUUCUUCCUUAUUUGAGUGAUGCAUUCACCACAACAUUCUUUCGAUCAUAGCCGUUUGGCCUUGAUAUGUAAUGUAUGUAAAUUUAAUGUUUAUUGGAGUUUCCAGUAAAUUACUCUGAGUCUUUUUUUAGUAUUGGAUGAAAAUGAGAUCUUUUUUUGUGCUUAUCUAUAAAGCUGAGCAAGAACUACUUGGAAACUAGCUAGUAAUUUACAGUUUUGUUUGACUAUACAGCAUCAAACCCGGUUAUUUUACAGUUCUAUUCAGAAGAUGUUCCACAGUGUCCUAGAUAUAUUAUCAAACACUUAACAUUAAAAAUCAAGCUAUCAAGCUCCUCUCAUGUGGAACCAGCUCCCAGUCUCAGUGCGGGAGGCAGACACCCUCUCUACCUUUAAGAUUUGACCUAAGAUUUCCUUAUAGUUGGCUUAAUAUAAUAUUGUUCUUUUCAAUAUAAUACUAGUAGGACAGUGUCGAAGGGUAGUAAGGUACUUAGCAUGUUAUAUGUCUUCCCAUAUUUCACGGCAUUAUAAUUAAUAAUGUGGCUGAACAGGGAUAAGACCUGAGCCACUUUGGUAACUGCAAGCCAACAGGGGCCCCAGGCCAUCCUGUUGUCACUGAGUAUAUUUAACCGUACCAGUGGUUUCUAGCCAACAGGAUGGCCUUCACUUGUGCCCAUGUAAUGUGUCUAUGAAAUUAUUGGACAUGGUUGUCCCAUGCUGGAGAGCUUCUCUCCUCUCUCUCUGUGCACUUAUAUGCCACCAUUAUGUGCCACUGUGUCUCCUCUCUCCCA